UGUCAAAUAGACCGGCCUACUCGCAUUACUUCGCAAUUAUUUAGUUAUUUACUAGAUAGGUAAUUGAAUUUUGAAAUGCAAAUAUAGAAGUGGGUCUUGUUUUCUUUAGUAAGUCAUAAUAAUCAUAAUUUUAAUAAGACAGGGAUCUUGUUCGUUUUUGUUUUUGAAUUUCUGAACGAUUUCGUAUAUGACCUUUGACCGUUUGACAUUUUUAUGACAUUUCCGAAGUGUUGAGUGCAGUUCGCAGUGCGUAUUUUUUGCAAAGUUUAUUUUAAAUAAUUGAAACAAUAUUCAAAAUGGUUUCAUCGACAGUUGUAUACGCAGCUGUCCCAAUCUCUGUAAUCGUAGCCAUUGGUUUGAUUCGGAAGUGGAGGUCUAGGAGUUGGACCAAAUAUAUAUGUAACACUUGCCUAAGAGGUAAAACAUUUCUUAUCACUGGAGCUAACAGCGGCAUUGGAUUGGAGACAGCCAAAGCCCUGGUGAAGAGGAAGGCUAGAGUAAUUUUUGCUUGCCGAGAUUUGAAUAAAGCAAAGAAUGCCAUCGCAAAUAUUCGAAAGGAACAGCCCACUGGCGGUGAAAUGAUCCCAAUGCUGCUGGACCUCUCUUCUUUUGAAUCAAUAGAAAAAUUUGUGGAAAUUGUAAAGGCCGGCUUCCACAAAAUAGAUGUUCUUAUAAAUAAUGCUGGUGUGGUGGUGCCUUUAGACCAAGAUGCAAAAACUAAAGAUGGCUUUGAGAUACACUUAGGGGUGAAUCACUUGGGACAUUACUAUCUCACCAAUUUGCUUCUGGAUCACCUGAAGAGAGGAGCACCUAGCAGGGUCGUGGUCGUGUCAUCGACCCUCCACGAGAAAGGGAAAAUCAACUUUGCCGACUUGAACUUAAAGCAGGAAAUCGAAGAUGCGAAGCGUCGUAAAGGCAGCCGACGUCACAACCCAGGGUACUGCAACUCUAAGCUGAUGAACUGUUACUUCGCAAGGGCUCUGGCCGACAAGUUGAGUGGCACUGGGGUGGAUGUUAACACGUGCUGCCCAGGAUUCUGCUACACCGAUUUGUUCAGGAACUCAAUAAGGUGGUACCACUACAUUUUGAUGGCACCCGUUUUCUUGUUGUUCAUGAGGUCGGCACAGCAAGGUGCCCAAACUGUAGUGUACUGCGCGUCCGACUACAGCAUCGAGGGCUCCAGCGGCAAGUUCUACAGGGACUGCGAACCUUACGACUCCAAAUAUCCAUUUGAUAAAGACGAAGAAAUAAAGUUGUGGAAUGUUAGUGACGAACUUGUGAAAGCCAGGAAGCCUAUACCACUGUAAAAAAAAAGUAUAAAAAGUUUUUAAACGUGAAUGUAUUUCGUUGUUGUGAAUAUGGGUGAUCUUUUUCUAUUAAAAAAUUUCAAUUUCUGAUUGAGUUAAUACGAAAAGGUAUGCUUACUAUCUAAUAUCAUUCUAUCUUUUUAAAGGUUAAAGUUUGUUUACGUUGUAAUAGAUUUGUUUUACUUUAGUUUGGAUAUUCUUUGUAAAGCAGGAGCAAAUUAAUGUCUUGAUUCAGUGCUUCAUUUUAAUUUCGGGAAACCGUGUAUUAUAUACGAAUAUUUGUGAGAACGUAGUCGUCUCAUUAAAAGUAGAAAAUAAAUAAGGGCACUGUGUGUUUGACUGGCAACACAGUGUUUAUCAACCAAACUUGACUAAAAAUUCAUCAUUCAAAAAUCCGUUUUCUACUCUCUAUAAAAGGAACUGUAAAUUUUUUUAUUUAAAUUUUGUUGAUAGCGAUACGAUUACGAUUUUGCAAAUAUUCGUGCUAACCGCUGACGCUGGCAACAAAACGUGUUGUGAACUGGUUUAGGUGUAUUAGUGUCUUAUAUGGUGCCAUAUUUGUAUGAACAAUUCAGAAAUGAAACCUGCAUAAUUUGUAGACUAGUCACAGUAGGUAAAAAAGUCAUCACAUACACAAGUAAGGUAAGGCAAUUUCCUCAUAUAUUUAUGUAGUAUUUCUUAUUCUCCAUUCCAUUUAUAAAGUCCAACUUAAAUAGGAUAUAGGGCUCAGAUUCAGCAGUCAAAAUAAAAAUAACAAAUUAGUAGAGUAGGUAGCAUAAAAAGAACAAAUUUGAGUAGUUGAUGUAGCUGCCAAACGUGAAACGUCAAAUCUGACGUGUAAAUUAAUAAGACGCUGCACUCAACACAGACGAUAAAUAAAUGCGGUGCAGUGUCUCCUAUUUUUCGCAAUAUUAUUUAAAAUAAAUGUAACUUUUACUACAGUUUUAUUUUAUAAAUUUGUUUUCGUAUAUGGUGCUGAUUAAGGUAAAAUAGUUGAGGAACUGAAUCGAUAAUACAUGAUUGAUUACACUGGUCAAUAAAAAUGUACGUAAUUAGUAUUGACACUUGAGAGAUAUAUUGUAUUACCAAACGUGUCAUAUUUGAAUUUAACUAAAGUAUAAUAUAUGUUACGUUUAGUUUAUUACUCUUGUACAUAAUGUGGGUGUAGCUAGAAUUAUUUCCAAAGAAGUUCAAGUGUUAAUAAAAUGUGUAUGGGUAUGAAAAAAA